CCCCAACACCCGCACCACCGGACCCACCCCUGGGCCCGCAGCGGCAGCAGCGGCAGCGGCGGCACACACCGGGGGUGGAGGCGCAGGCGGGGUGCGGCGAUCCAACUCGGUGAUGUCCGCAGCGGCGUCAGGGCCGCAAGCUCCAGGGGCGGGAGCAGCAGCAGGGGCGGGGGCAGCAGGGCUGCAACCCGCCGACGCUGCGCCCCCUGCCGCCCCCUCCGGAGUCGCCUCCCCCACCACCUCCCAGCAGUCCAUGUCGCUGCCCACCCCGGCGGCACGAGCGGCGCUGGCGGGGCAGACCGCCGCGUCAGCUGCGGGCGGCGACGGAGGCGGCGGGGGUGGAGGUGGUGCCGUGGAGGUUGACAACCUGGCGUCGGAGGCAGCUGGUGGCGGCGGCGGCGGUACGGAGGUUAGCAGCAUCAGCGGCGGUGACGGCGGGGGCGGCCCGCUGCGCCCCCCCGCCGCGCAGACGUCCUACCGCGCCGACUCCACCCUGUCUCUGGCGGUGCACCGGGGGGCGGCGGCCAUGGACUGGGAGGGGGACGGACAGAACGAAGUCCGAGGUCCCGAGCACCUCCUCCCGGCCCCCUCCGGCACCUCCGCCCAGCACGCUGCUCGCGCCCCCGCCCACUCGCACCGCCCGCAACCCCGCCCACUGCCCGGCCGCACCCCUGCCUCCGGCCCCACAGCACAUCAUGGCAACAACAACGCCAAUAACGCCACCAGCGGCGGCAGCGGCGGCCCCUCCUCCGCCGCCAGCAGCCCCCGCCACCCCGCCGAGCACCCCAGCCUCGUCACCCUGCCUGAGCCCUCCCUCUACUCCAAGCUGCUACUGCCGCCGCUGCCGCUGCCGCCACAGCUACAGCCGGCCGCAGCAGCGGGCAACCAACAUGCGCCCAAGCUGGAGCCGCUGCCACCGGUGGCGACAGUCACCGUCGCCGCCGCGACAGCAGCGGAGGCGCCUGAAGUAUCUGCCGUACCAGCGUCAGAUGACUCGGCCGCUGCUGCCGCUGCUGUGCUGCUUCCCGCCAGCCUAGCGGGUGAGCCGCUCAACGUCCGCGCCACCUGGCUGGCAGGUCGGCCCGUGUACGGCGACGCAGUGGCCACCAGCUGCCGCCAGAGCCCCACCCCGCAACUGCGCAAGAACCACCACCUCAUGAAGUGGCGCAGCUACGGCGCGGCGGACUUCUGGCGCACCGCCGCCGCGUCCUGCCCCGCCGCCUGCUACACGCGGGGGCUGCAUGCGCCGCUGCUGCUGCGGGGACUGCCGGAGGAGUACCGCGGCCCCGCCAGCUGGCAGGGCCCCUCCCCCCGCGCGCUGCUGGAGGCCUACGUGGCCGCCCACCCGCCCGCCGCCGCCGCCUGCCUGCAGCUGGGGGUGGCUGACGUGGACAGCCCGGGAGAGGGGCUGGCGCAGAUGAGGGGCGCCAACUUCCUGGCGAUGCCGUACAGCGUGACUGCGGGCCCCGGCCCUCUGGACCUGGCCUCCCAGCAGGCGGCGCUGGCGGCCUUGCGGCGGCUGCAGCGCCUGGACGCGGCCUGCAUGGCGGGGACCCUGCCGUACGGCAGCCUGGCAGCAGCCCUGGGGGAGCUGGAGGGGGC